CUCCCUUCCUGCUGCUCAGAGAGACUCAGCAGCUCCGGAGCACCAGGGAUCCCUCUGCUCUAACUCCUGCUGCUGCGGGAGGGGCUGCCUGGAUCACGCUGUUCCCAUCCCAGCUCCUGAAGGGAAGGUGCCUAUUGCCUGGGAGGGCAGAGCACCGGCAGCGAUGCUGUUCUGUCAGACCUUCAGUGGACACCUCAAGAGCAGGAAGGGGUAAGAGCCAUCCAUCCCUGCCAACGAACCAUGUGAAUUCAAAACAGAGGAGAAGCAAGUGCAUGUCUGUUGAUGAAACAUCCUGACUCCAGCAAUAUUUAUUGAUUUUUUUUUAAUUUAUUUUUUGCGAUUAAGACAACAAUUUUUUUCUGCACAAACCCUGCUACCUGGGAGAAGAUGCUCACAGAUAAAUCACCAGCAAGCUCAUGGGCUGAACCAGCUGCUCUAGCACCCAGACCCAACACCCCUUCCCUGCUCUGAAAGCCAGAAGAAUUGAAAAUGCUAAAAUGGUAAGAUCCUCGCCCCAGCUGUAGUAAGUCCUGCUCCCAGGAGGGGAGUGAAGUAUCAGCUCUUCACCAAGAAAGCUGACUUUUUGACUGUUCCUAAUUAGAAACUCAAACCUCCACCAUACUCCUUAAGCAAGUAUCAGUAGCCCUGGAUUAGGAGAGAAGAGAUCCCCCAGCAGUCUGGCAAAGCAGAAAACAAUCUUCCCCAGUUCCUACAAGGAUAAACCACCUGCUGUGGGAGAGGCUGGCAGAAACCUGGCUCUGACUGUUUGUAAAACAACCCUUGCAAAGACCAAAGCUGUGCAAAACUUGGCAGCUCAGUUUGAGAGAACCAAAGCUUUUCACCAGCUGAAGGAGGUGACUUGCCAAAAGAAGGAUCAAAGCAUUUUCAGGACAAAAUAAGAGCCAGAUGGCAUUGUAAAACACAAGUCUAAUGCUUGUUGGCAUUGUAACAGCAACUUGCAAAAUUAUUUGCAAAGGAGGCCUGCUUGAUGCAGGCUGCUUACCUGUGUGAACCAGCAAUUCAGAGACCAAGAGGAUGGAGCAUUUCUUGCUGAAGCCAUCGUGCCAUCUGUCCUAAGUUUUGUCUCCUGACUUCCUUUGUGAGUCUGGUGAGGGAAGACAGGAAACCUGAAGGUAAAUAGGGGAAAUGGACCAAAGCUGACAGAGAGCAAUGACUGAGAUCUCUUUCAAAUUCCGUGGAAACCUGACUGGCCGUGUCCACUUUCCAACUCUGGCUACAGAAGUAGACACAAGAGCAGAUAAAUAUUCCAGCCUCUACCUGUAUGUGGGAUUGUUCCUAACACUUCUGGCUCUCCUUCUGAUUUUGCUUUUCUCCAUGCUCUUACGCCUGAAGCAUGUUGUAUCCCCAAUCACCACCUCUCCUGAGAGCACUGAGAACAUCCAGCAGUUCACAGAUGUGGAAAUGCAGAGCAGGAUUCCUACCACGUAGAGACCCCAAAGCAAAGAGUGCUUUGUUGGUUCUGAUACACCUUUUUAACAGCAAAAUGGUGAUGGAAAGACUGUCUGCCUGCCUGUUGAGUCCUUCAGCUUCCUGCACAACCAUCAACAGCAGCACAGAGCAUCUGAAGACUGUGACACAGCCCAGACUGAUGGGCUGGGACCACUGGCUCUUGACUGUACAGGCAACAUGCGUGCAACACCCUCAGUAACAUUUAUAUUACAGAAACCCACUGCUGCCAGGAGAGACUUCUAUGCUUCUAAAAGCUCCUGCAGAAAAUGGUAAAAGUGACAGUAAUGGCAGCCAAAACCCCAAAGAGACACUUGGCAGAAUGUAUCCUGGAGUCUGUAUUUGCUGACCUGCCUCUCUGCCCUUAAAGUCCUUGUUUGUGAAGAGUUGAAUCAACAAAGUCAAGUGGCUAAAGAGAGAGCCAGGGGGCACAUACAGAAAUUCUCAGUGGUUUGGGAAUUCUCCCGUUCAGGAAUGAAAACCCUAAACUGCUUUUCUUCCACUUGAAUGGCAGAUUUACAGAGUAGAGUUUGAGAAGUACACAGAUGUUUCAU